UUACCUUUGAUUUCCAUCAAGAUGAAGCUCUCAUUGUUAGUACUGAAUCUUGCCUUCAUUCCCACAUUGUUUGCAGCUUCUGCUGUACCUGAAAUUGAAGACGGUUUUGAACAUGUGACGUGUGGAAGCACCAUCAAACUCACCAGCAAAGCUAACGGGUACAAGUUACAUUCCCAUGGUGUGACUUAUGGUAGUGGAUCAGGACAGCAAUCUGUUACAGCAUUUCCCGACUCUGAUGACGGAAAUAGUUUCUGGAUUGUGGAGGCAGCUUCUGGCAAUAUUUGCAAACGAGGAGAGCCAGUACCUUGUGGAUCUUCCAUUCGUUUAAAGCACGCCAAUACACAGGGUUACCUUCAUAGUCAUCUUCAUCAAUCUCCACUUUCUAAGCAGCAAGAAGUGAGUUGCUAUGAUGGCAAAGAUAGUGGUGAUAAUUGGAAAGUGGAAUGUUUGAAUUCGGGUGAUACAACUUGGAUUCGUGAAGUGCCAGUUCAAUUGAUGCAUGAAGACACAAAGACUUAUUUAAGCAGUUACUCAAGAUAUGCCUUUGGGCAUCCUAUCCCUGGACAACUUGAAGUUGCUGCUGCUAAGAGUGCUACAAAGGAAUCACAAUGGAUGACACAGGAAGGUGUUUAUUUUGCUGCUGCAUCAAAACAAUAGAAAUCUAUAAAAAUGAGUGAUAGAGGAAUAGCGUUUUUCUUUUUUUCUUUUCUUAAA